AUGGCUUCCUCGUCGAUAACAAACUUUUCCAAAGCCUUUAAUGAAGGCGACGACCUUGACACAGUUGUGAAUAGAGCUCUUUAUUACGAACCGGUUAGCCACGCCUUUAGAAAAUAUAGUUCCUUCAGUUUAACUGAAGAAGAUAUUGCUCGAACCGUUGAAAAAGCUUCUGGCGAUGGCGAAUACCUUGCCAACUUAUUAAUGGAACAUCAUGAAGCCCUCUCAACCUUUGACGCGUCUGAAUCUGUAGAGGAUCAACCGAUGGAUAUAGAAAUUUUAGAAGCGCUAAAAACGCCCAAACACCAAUCAAAAGUUGCAGCACAACAAGAGGAACCAAUCACACAUCUCUCAGCUUCCACCACUCCUUUUACGCCUAAAGGUAAACAAAAGCGUGUUUCAUAUGCUGACAUGGUUAAACAGGACCCGAAAGAUGAUGUCAGCAGACCAAGCUCGCCUACACCUUCUGGUGGUAAAAAGAGGAAAACAGCACCCGUUUUGAAAGCUAAUGCUAGCCAAAGUCCUUCUAAGACUACCAAAAAACAACCAGCUGCCACUUCUCCUAAAACUAUUAGUACCGUUAUGACUGGAUAUGUGAUCGCGAAUAAGGAUUUUACCCGGAAAAUUACGGUUUAUGAUAUCCUCUCCACCUGGUCUCAACUUGAUACGCUUAAUCAUCUCAAAGCCUGGGGUCAAGUAGUUGCGAUUAAAUUUAAAUCUCAACAGAAAUACGUUACUGUUACAGUUUCGAUUGAACUCAAUCAAGAGGCGACAAAACUAUGGAAUGAUGGAGCUUGGACAGCUCCACUUGGAGGAUUACCCAUACGAUGGUUUCCGGCUAACUGGGAUCUCAAACAAAGAAAAGAACGGGAACAAUUCCAGGCUGUGAUUAAGGGAGUUCCUGCUUCAGUAAACACAGCAACUUUAUACCCGGAAAACCAUGCUCACUCUAUUCUUGCACCCAUUGGAUGCAAAGCAUUUAAACUAAUUCAAGAUUGGGAUACCCGCAAGUUAAUUACUUACUACGAAUCGUGGGCUGACUUGAAUAAGGUCAUUGGUAAGCCAUUUAGCUUAGACGAAUUUACUGGUGAUUGGAUGAUGUACUUUACCCCUAACUUGAAGCAAAGAAGGAGGAAUCUUCAGAAGUUCUAUGGUGCAUUUGCAUCAGGUUUAUUAGCGCAUUCUCACAUUGCACUUCGGGGGGUGGUUGACCUAUUUUCUGUAUUUUUUGUGGUGUAA